GAGGAAACGUGGUCCGUGCGACAUAAUAAAACAGUGCGUUUGGAAUUAUUUCGUCCAAAUUAAAAUUUGAUCGAGAAUACCGGUGUGAAUUGGCAAGGAUUUCAAAAGUUCAUCCACCCAUUUCUGCUGAAAAAAAAUCUCUGGAACAUUUCCAGCGGUCUCGUCAUGUCCAGUCCUAGAAGCAUGAAGACUGUAACGGCUCGCGAAGGGACUCGCGUUAUUUUACGUGAGAUCACAGGAACGCUUCAGAAUUCACCACCAAUUCAAGCAUCUCGACGUAAGAGUGGCAACGACACUACAGCGGCCAAGGAGACGGGCCAGGAAGUGAAUGUCCAGUUCAACAGAGAAUUUGUCGACGUUGGUCCAGCAUCCUUUUCAUCAGUACCAGAGAGCAUCUCUUCGGCGAGCAGCUUCCAAAGUUUGGCGAGUACACUCAGCUCCAAGAGCAGCAGUGGAAUCUGUGUCGAUUCAGUGCCUGACAGCCCGCAGAAGGAAGUUGACACUUCGUAUGUAAACCGGGAUAUUAUUGGUCUUGACGACCUUGUGCAAGCCUGCAGUAACAUACGUAUCGCUGAUCCUGAGCAAAAUCAGGUUCAGGAUGACGAAAAAUCUGAGAAAUUACAUUCUUCCCAAGACCUUAGCCUGAAUCAAACCUUCACCUCGGCCACGGAUGAUAUCUUAUACACUGACUCCAAGUUUUUCGACAGUUCCGAGACACAGGAUAGUUCUCGUACGGAAAAUUCUGGUUACUUGGAGGCGAAGGUCUCGCCAGGAAAGGAUAACUUGUUCAACGGCAUCGAAGAUAGCGGUUCCUCGAAUGCGACUACAGACGCAAAGCAGCAAAGUGAUUAUUUCGAAUUAAGUGAACCGGUUCCUGACAUCCAAGAACAAUCUACUCUGUCCAAGGAGUCCAGUCUAGUCGGCAGCACCGUUGAUGCUGAUACCUCCUGCGAGAAAUUACAUGCCCUGUUGAAUGCAAUUCCAUCCGAACUUCCGUCUACGGACAGCGUACUCAAGGAACCCUCUUUGCCGGAGAUCUCGUGCAGCUCCUCGUUGCCAAUAGAUGAAAAUGUCGGGGAGGAGAGAGCAGAACGCUACAUAGAAAACGUGGAAGAGUCGACAGAAACUAGAGCAGAAAACGUUACCGAGUUACUGAACUCUGUAUCCGUGUCUGUGUCCGCGUCUACGCCUGAAUUCGUUCAUGAAUCUACGACGCAAUUCUCCGCUGAUUCCGCGUAUAGAUCAGUGCAAGAAUCCGUACCGGAAUUAAUUUCUGAACCGAACGCAAUUAACAGAUCGAGUAACGAAUCAGUACACGAUUCUAUUUUUGAAGCGAUUCCUGAAACCAUUACUACAUCUCUAGUUAAAUCAAAUACUAUAUCCGCAACCAUUCCUGAUACGAUUCCUGAAUGUUUAACUAAAUCCGUUGACGAUAACGUACCGGCCUUGCAAUCUAUAUCUACAUCUAUUUCUGAAAUCGUACCUAAAUCCACUCCUGAAUUUAAAGAGCAGGUCAACGUUAAACCUGUUUUUCCAAUAAGUUCUACAUCCGUAGAAGAACUUUUUGCGAAACUUAUAUUGGCGAAGCCGAUUUUGAGUUCUGUAUCUGAAUCAGUUGUGAUACCAUCAAUUGAACCACUUGUGGUACCAGUGCGUGAACCAGCUGUGACACCAGCAUCUUUACCAAUUUCGGUACCAGUGCCUGAAUCAACUGUGGUAGUAUCACCUAAACCAGUUGCGGUAUCUGCGCCUGAAUCUAUUGCAGUAUCAACAACUGAAUCAAUCGGGGUACCAGUGGUUGGACUAGUUACGGUAUCUCCUCUAGAACCAGUUGCGAUUUCAGCUUCUGAACCAGUAGUGGUAUCAGUUCCUGAACCAGUUGCGUCAUCAGCUCCUGAACCAGCAGUGAUAUCAGUUCCUGAACAAGUUGCGUCAUCAGCUCCUGAACCAGUAGUGAUAUCAGUUCCUGAACCAGUUGCGUCACCAGCUCCUGAACCAGUUGCCGUAUCAGCUCCAGAACCAGUUCCGUUAUUAGCUCCUGAAACAGUUGCAGUAUCAGCUUCUGAACCAGUUGUGGUAUUAGUUCCUGAACCGGCAGAGACUCCAUUGCUUGAUCCAAUUGCUGUACCAAUAGUUGAAUCAACUGUUGUACCAGCUUCUGUAUCAACUCCAGUAUCAGGACUUGAACCAAUUGCGGUGACAGCGCCUGCGCCAAUCACAAAAGCUGCGUCAGAACAAAUUCCAGAAACUCUCACGAAGAACGCACCAGAACCUGUAUGUCAGCCAAUUGCGGAAUCUGUAGCAAAAAGGUCGAUAUUAGAAAACUCACCGGUACCACCACAACCAGAAUCGAUUAGCGGAUUCGCAUUAGAGACUGACGUAUCAAUCGUAAAAACUGAUACACUGGGAGAACAGACAGCAAAGGAAAAAUUGGCACAACUGGAAGCCCAACAGGGUGAUGUUUUAAUUCCUGAGAUACCGGAUCUCGACGACACUCUCACCGAUCUGCCGGAAUCCUUGAUAAUUCCACCGGACUUGGAUCAAUACAUAGCUUUUAAACCGCAGCAACAGAGCACUGGCCUAUCAUCGGACAUCGAUUUCGAUAAAAUCCGUUUGGCCGCUAAAGAAGUCGCCAAUAAAUUUCAGAAUUCAUCAUUUACUGUCUCGGAGGAGCCUGAUCAGUUCUUCAGUGCCACUUCUGAAUUAUUUGAAGAUCCGGCCAGUUUUGAUUAUUUACUUGAAAGAGGUAACAACAAGCCCUGUCCACGUAACUUAAGGCUUGACUCUCUAUACGUGAGAUUCGAUCCUCUUGUGUCAAACGUCAGUAUGUUACCAAAAGGAAAUAUCCAAGCACUCGUUGAGGAGCAAAAUGGUAAGGGUGACACCUCGACGGAGGUCAUCGACACGCCGAGGAAGAGUUCUGCCCUGGCAGCAAUAGACAGACUUCAGGCUUCUGUACUUUAUAGCCCACCAGUAGCACGAACGCCGCAAAAGCCAGAGGUGGUUCAACCCAAAGCAGAACCGGUAGAAGAGCCAGUCAACGAGACGGCUCCUCUGGUGGAAGUUAACCUGGUCAAGGAGGUGGAGCAGGUUAGAAUAGUGGUUCUGCAAUUAGAACAAGAACUUGAUAUACAGAAAAAGGAAUAUGAAGACAAGUUGGAGAAACAGAAAAUUGCUUACGAAGAAGAGAUCAGCCGAUUGCAAGCACAAUUAGCACAGGAAGUGAAGAAUUCUAGUCAGAUGACGGUUGUCGUUGACGAGUACGAGAAAUCCAUCAGCCGCCUAGUUGCUGACCGCGAGAGAGAUCGUGUCAAAAUGGAAAAAGAAAAAGCGAAACUUCAAGAGGAUUUGCAAACCACAAAUAGUCACUUAAGCCACGCUGAGGAAGCAUUCAACGACGUACACCAGAAGUAUGAGAGGCUCAAGACUAUCCUAGCUGGUUUUCAGAAUAACGAGAUUGUACUGAAGCAGAGUAUUCAGGAUAAUCAAGAAACCAUUAAAAAGCUGGAAAGUCGAUACGAGCAGCUCAAGAAUCAUGCGAUGACGCAACUUGAAAAGGCGAAUUUGGAACUCGAAGGAAGUAGGAAGCAGAAUGAGGCGGAAACUGUGAGACUUCAGGCGAUGGUAAAAAAGGCAGAAUUAAAGAGCAAUUCCUUGAGUGAACUUGUUGAACAGAAAACAAAGGAGAACAAGGAAUUAGCCAAGAUCUUGGACGAAGUUAUUGCGAGAGUCGGUGGCCCGAACACGGUUUAGAAACAGAGGGAUCGUAGGGUUGCUUAUUUUUUUACUCAAAUGGAUAUUAGCACUGUACAAUAAGUUUUAUAUAAUAUAAUUAUAAUAGUGUAUUAUUUUCUAGAGUUAUCCAUUCAGAUGAGGCAUUGUGCAUUAAUUUAUUGGUUGUAAGAUACAUGUCUUCUUUCUGCAUAUAUAUAUAUAUAUAAAAGUAAAUUUACCCUCAGUA